AUUUGGGAAUGGAUGAUGAAGGAGAUGAUGAUCCUGUUCCUCUUCCAAAUGUUAAUGCUGCUAUACUAAAAAAGGCUGCAAACUACUUAGACAUCAAAGGCUUACUGGAUGUGACAUGCAAGACUGUUGCAAAUAUGAUUAAGGGAAAAACACCAGAAGAAAUCCGCAAGACUUUCAAUAUUAAAAAUGACUUCACUGAGGAGGAGGAAGCCCAGGUACGCAAAGAAAACCAGUGGUGUGAAGAGAAGUGAAGCUUUGUGCCUGAUACCUAACAACACUGUAAGGAUUGUUCCCAAUAUCAGUUGCACUGCUCUGUUUAUAAUUGUUAAUAUUAGACAAAUGCAGCAGCAAAUGAAGUUGUACUAGUCUGGUGGUGUUCUCUUUGCAUGUGUAACGUUUGAAUAUAGAUUUAAAUUCUAUGGUUUAAUCAGUGUAAUCUGAUUUCCUUAUUUUUCCUCUUCUCUAAAAACUAAACUCCAUGCAAGUUCUGUAUGGCAAUUAGCACUGUAAACUAGACCUUCCGUGCUUCUGAAUGUUUCACUGUCACAUUAAAAUCCUCAGCAUGUCAGAAUUCAGAAGUCGCUGACCUUGUAAAUAAAAUUACUUGCAAAAGUUUUCUGAAACUGAA